GCUUGCUAAUGUCAAAAUUUGCUUUCAUCUUGAUAUUGGCAAAAACAUUUUAUUUGUUAUUUAUAUGGUUACAAUGCUACCGAAAGGUGACUAGAAAUGGACCAACAAUUUUCAUUGUCUUGGAACAAUUUCCACGGAAACUUAAGUAAAGGUUUUGCUGGAUUAUUGGGAAACGGAGAAUUCGUCGAUGUAACUAUUGCAGUCGAAGGUCAUUUGCUACAAGCGCAUAAAGUUAUACUAUCAAUAUGUUCGCCUUACUUCAAAAAAAUGUUUCAAUUAAAUCCGUGUCAACAUCCAAUUGUUGUAUUAAGGGAUGUCACACACAAGGCAAUGAAAGAUUUAUUGCAAUUUAUGUACCAUGGAGAAGUCAGUGUCAAAAGAGAGGAUCUCACUAGCUUUAUAGGCACUGCUGAAGUGCUGCAAAUUAAAGGUUUAACUAAUAAAGAGACUGAGGAGGAGGCAUUUGAUGCAGAUAAAGAAUUAACAAAACAAAACAUAGCAGCUCAAAAUGACAGUCCAGAUGCAGAAUCUUGUGCAUCUGAUAUGUAUGACUCAACUACUAAUGAAAUAUCUGAUAACACUGACAUAGAUUUAAUAAAACAAAGACAAUUUAUUGAAAAACUGCAAAGGCUGAGUAGCUUAAAAAGGAAAUCAGAGGAAUUCCUACAGAAAAAUUAUUAUACAGAUAUUCUCAAUUCAGAAAAAAGACCUAAAAUUUGUGACAAAUUAUCUAAUAACAAAUCGAAUAAUCAUUUAGUGCAAAGCAGUAAUUUUGAAAGUGUUCAAAGCAUUUAUGAGGAAAAUCCUGUAGACAUAACAAAAUCUUUAAACCCAAACAUCCAAAAACAAGGAACAGAUAAAGAAGUUUCUGAUAAUGGCAAUAAUCAAUCAGUUAUAGAGCAGGUAAUGGAAUUAAAAACAGAAUGUGACGACAGUGAUAUUAUAGUCUCAGAUCCAGCAGUUUGCACAACUCCAAAGGGUUAUGAAAACCCAAGGGAAUUAAAGAAAGGAUUAAUUAUUCCCCUGGACUAUCAAUCACCUCAGGAAAAUGCUCUCUCGCUUGUCAUGAAUGGAUCAUGUGACAAUCAACUUCCAGUGCGUUACAAAUAUAUUUACAGUAGAAAAGGACAUAAACAACUGGUGCAUAUGAAUUUUGUGUACACAAAGCAUUCAACGACACACGGCAAAACAUCAUGGAGGUGUGUACAAUAUUUCUCUUUAAACCGGUGUCCAGCAACAGUGGAAACGAUUGACUCUAUGAUAUAUGCCAUCAAUCAUCAACACAAUCAUGAAGAUUGCUAUGAAAAAUUAUCAAGAAAUAACAUUUAUGAAAUGAAUAACUCUCCCAAAUAGACUUAACUGUGUAUACAUAAUUAAAUUAUGAAUGUUCACUAUCCAAAUUAAACCAAACCUCAUAAGUUUAAAAGAAAUCUAAUAUAACAUAACGGAUAAAAUAACAGGGGCCGAAUUCUACUAAUCUAUAUAUGAUAGGUUCAAUUCCGAUCCAACAUUUUCCAUCCGAUUUGAAUAAUUAUAUUUAUUUGAAUCGGAACCGAACAGAUAAUAUGUUAGCAUAUACUGUUAUAUCAAAACUUAAUUGUUAACUUUUAUAGCAAUAGUUGAUAAUUAAAUUAAAGAAUAGGAAACGGACAAACGGCAACUAUCACGCUCCGAUACGAGUGCGAUAAAGUAAUAAUUUUUUAGUAGAAUGGUCCCUAGCAAUGAUGAUAAUAUAUAUAUUCAAUUAUAAAUCAAAUAAAAAUAAAACAUCCUCCACAUUAAGGCAUUUCAUGUUAAGAUAAAUAAAGAUAAAUUUAAAAAUUAAAAAAGCAACGAAACUGUUUUAUAAUUAUCAAGAUUCAAUCUAUGUAAUUGUGCCAAAAGAUUAAUAUAGAUAAUUGGAGGUGUAUGAAACUUCAUUACAAUGUAGAAAGUGUAAAGUUCCUAUAUUUUCAUUAAGUACCUAUAUAUUAUUUAGUUAUGUUAUAUAUUGGUUAUGUAAUAGACACAUUAAACUUAAAAAAAUAUGUUAUUGUAAAUACUUGUUAAAAUUACACACAGUGUCACUUGAUAUAUUGUAGCAUAU